UCAGCAACACUUCCCUCUAUCUGAUACGGCGGCUAUGUCCUUAAUUCACGCAUGUGUUCAAUUAAUCUGCUCCUUUCUCAACGACGAAAACAUUCUAAACCGAUUAAAUGUGAAAUACUUUGUAUGCGAUUUUACUAUUUUACCCUCGACUCUACUCCUCUCUUCCCUUUUUACCCUUGUUCAUUUUCUUUACUUGAAUAUUCGGUAUAUAUAUCGGCGAUUAUGGAAUCAAAUUUUCCUUGCUAAGACGACUGCCAAAACAGAGCAGCUUCUUCUUCUUUGAUCUUUGUUAAUUAGAUGGAUUACUCAGGAUUCUUCUCGCCGGCGUCGGAUUUCUCAUCGGAAUCCUCGUUUGAUUCGCCGGAAUCUUCGUUCAUCAAUUUGGAUCAUGAUUUUCUUCCUUUUAAUGAGAAUGAUUCCGAGGAAAUGGUUCUUUAUGAGAUGAUCUCGGAGGGGAGGCAGGAUUCGUCCGAGAAGGGAAUUGGGGCGGUGCGAAUUAAGGAGGAGGAGGUGGAUUCCGUCGGCGAAGAGAGCCCAAAGAAGGAGAGAUCUUACAGGGGAGUUCGCCGGCGUCCAUGGGGGAAAUUCGCCGCCGAAAUUAGAGAUUCCACCAGACGUGGCAUAAGGGUAUGGUUGGGAACAUUCGACAGUGCGGAAGCCGCCGCUUUAGCCUACGAUCAAGCCGCCUUUGCGAUGAGAGGAGCCACGGCGAUUCUCAAUUUCCCCGUCGACAGAGUUAGGGAAUCUCUUAAGGAAAUGAACUGCGGCGGCGAUGGUUAUGGGCUCGCCGAGGACGGCGGGUCGCCGGUGAUUGCUUUGAAAAGAAAACACUCAGUGAGAAGGAAUGGCAUAAGCAAAAAGAAGAAAGAGAGAGAUGUAAGGAUCCAAAACAUGGUGGUUUUGGAGGAUUUAGGAACAGAGUAUUUGGAAGAGCUUCUGGGGUGUUCUUGCUAAACCCAAAUUAUUAUUCUUAAUUUCUCUCUAAUCCCACCAUAAUCUCAUCAGGGGAUCUCUUAAUUAGGUGUUAAUAUUGUUUUCCCUCCCUCCCUCCCCUGUUUUAGCAGACAAGAAUUAAGACAAGAUGAUCAUAUUGUUACCAAUUUCGAUCACAUUAUUAAUGUUAUUCUUUGUUGCUUUUACCUUCUUCUUUCAUCUCAUUGUAAAGUAAACCAACAAAAAGGUGAGCUAUCCUUAUACUUCUGGAUAGCCUCAAUUCAAAUGUAUAAUUAUUAAACGAAUGUUGCUCAAA